UCAAAAACCAGAUAGCUUAAAGGCUAAGUUGUAUAAAUGAACAACUAGUUCAACUCUACUCUAUCUUCUCCAGCAUAGCAGCUUUUAUAAGCAGGCCAGGCCAUCUGAUAAUGGAAGGUAUUCAAUAAAAAGCUGCAUCUUUUACUGUUUAAUUCUUCUCCUCCAUUUUUCCUCUCUUUGGUUUUUGAGUGGAGUGGAUAGUAGUGAGUCUCAGUCUAUGGGGAGUCCACAAGUGAGGAAGUACGCAUGGAGGAUUGAGAAUUUCUCCUGUAUUAAAUGCAAGAAGCUCUACUCUGACGUUUUCCAUGUUGGUGGCAACAAAUGGCGACUUCUUUUCUUCCCCAAGGGGAACACCCAGAGGAACCAAGUGGAUCAUAUUUCAAUUUAUGUAGAUGUUGCAGAUGCAGCAACUUUGCCUUAUGGAUGGAGUAGAUAUGCCCAACUCAGACUAACUGUCGAAGAAGCUCUUCUUAAGUGA